GACUCGUGAUCCAAUUAAGAGAGUUAGUUCUGAUAGACCUUUGACACGGUAUAUGCCACUUUAGAGGCUGCCAGUUCAAGGUAUAUAAUUAUAUACCCGUUGUUUUUAGUUGUCUUGAUACUUGUGAAACAAAUUUUUAACUGAGACAAUGAUAUGAAAAUUGUUAUAACUGAAUUAGAAAGUAUAUAGACUGUGAUGGUGAUUUAAUAUAAUUUUAGAGCACCCACGGCACUCAUUGUCGGAAAAAUAAUCUCCAUAAAUAAAACCAUCUACUUUUUAAAGUGUAUAAGAGGAAUAAUGUAUUCUUGCCCAGCUGUGUUAGAAUGAGGAGAACGGACAGGUGAAGUUCUGUCCUGGUGACCAUGAGAGUGUCUGUAGAACGCUGUUUGUCUGGCUGGCUGAUAGCUGUGACUCCAACCACGUCGGAUGCUCUGUAAGUCGGUUCCGUUGUGGACUUUGCUGGCGACUCUCUGCACGGACAUUAGUUCACACACUCCUUUCAGUAUGGUCUUCAGCUCCUCCCCAGCAGUGAGCAGUGGCUGGUUGUCACAUGCUUUCACCUGCCUUGUCUGCAAAAUAUGCCGUCUCCAGACCGGAUACCAGUCUCCACCUGACAUCAUGAGGUCCGUUGAUCUGCUCUACUUGGCGCUGGUGAAUGUGAUGUGCAGGGGCUGCCUCGCUCCAGCCAACUAAUGAUAUCACUGUCAGAAUGAACAGUCUGGGUAGAUGGUGUUCCAUUUUUGUAAGUGAGGAGGUCAGGGAGCGGAGGUGCAGCAACUGUGUUGGAGAUGCAGUAGAGAAACUCUUGUUCUGGCUCUUGCUGUUCUUGUCCACCACUUCUAUCAUUUUUAUACCAAACCCUUGCUCAAUGGAAUGUCAAUUUUCUGCAAUCAGGGGAAUCAUCCAUCUGCUAGUUUCCACACAUUCAUGUAAACUAGCUAGUUGCUAUAGU